UGACUCUAGAGAUGCAAGAGAAAAGAGCGCGCUGAUAUGGAAAAGUCUCUCGUCGGAAAAGUCGGCCAAUGGUAGUCGUGAGCAUGGGCCGACAGCCCAGUAUAAACCAACUACAAGAAGAAAUGACCCUCGUCUGUACUCUCAAGCGACCUACCGUAGUACGUGA